UAGAAAGUCCAUAUUAAUAUUAGGAGAAGCUCGAUUCGUCUUUAGGUUUCUCCCUCUCCCUCUCCUUCUUCUCUCUGCGAUCUGAGGAAGCAUCACUCUUAAUUGUUGCUUUCACCAGCACGGAUCUCUCUUCUCACGAUCUCUUAAAACCUGCCACCGAUAGAGCUUUCUGUGCUGUGGAUUUGCUUUUUAUCUAUUUUAACACUAAUAAACAUUUUCUCCUUCAAAUUUUUCCAUCUCUAGGGUUUCCAAAUACCAACGCGUUCCCUUCCCCCUAAAAACAAAAGAAAACAAAAAAAGAAACUCAGGUUUGUCAAAUUCUUUUGAUUGACCAUUGCUAUGAGAAGUGAAAUAUGACAUCAAGUAUGUUGACUGGAGAGAGAAGAUGGGCUUCUGCAAGAAGAAGUGGUAUGACUGUGUUGGGGAAAGUGGCUGUUCCCAAACCUAUAAAUUUACCAAGCCAAAGGUUAGAAAACCAUGGUUUGGACCCAAAUGUUGAAAUUGUUCCCAAGGGCACCCAUAGUUGGGGCAGCAAAUCUCCUUCUUCCACAUCAAAUGCGUGGGGUUCUUCGUCUCUGUCUCCAAAUGCUGAUGGUGGCACUGGUUCGCCAAGCCAUCUCAACGGUCGCCCUUCAUCAGGUGGAAGUGGCACUCGACCAUCAACUGCAGGCAGUGACAGAGCCCGUGAUCCUAUUAGUAAUGCAUGGGGUCCAAAUUCCAGGCCGUCAUCAUCUUCUGGUGCAUUGACAUCAAAUCAGACGUCACAUGCAGCAUUACGUCCCCGCAGUGCAGAAACAAGACCUGGUAGCUCACACUUAUCCCGGUUUGCUGAAACUUUGUCUGAUAAUUCAGUGGCAUGGGGUGCACCAGGAACAACAGAAAAGUUGGGAGUUACGUCGUCCAAGAAUGAUGGGUUUUCUUUGACCUCUGGAGAUUUUCCAACACUUGGUUCAGAAAAAGACAAUUCUUUAAAGAAAGCAGAAUCUCAAGAUCAUGGUUUGAGUGGUCGUCCAGGCUCCUCCUCUGCUAGACUAGCAUCAGUUGAAGAGCGGGUUGAAGAUUGUGCAGGUGAUACUUCUUUGCAUGCAAAUGUGAAAAGUGGACCUGGAGGUCCCUGGAGAAGAGAGGAUUCUGUAUAUGGUGAAGAUGGAGGUAGGUCCAAUGUGGAGAAGUGGCAUGUUGAUCCCCAACCAUAUCCUAAUUCUAGUGUUCCUCCUCAGCAUUAUGAUUCUUGGCAUGGUCCUCCCGUGAAUAAUCACCCAGGUGGUGUUUGGUAUAGGGGACCUCCAGGAGGUCCACCAUUUGGGUCCCCAGUUACACCCGGUGGCUUUCCCAUGGAACCAUUUCCUUAUUACCGUCCACAGAUUCCCCCUCCUGCUCUUGCGAAUCCGCAGCCAGUUCCUCCACCAGGAGCUGGACCCAGAGGCCCCCACCCCAAAAAUGGUGAUAUGUACAGACCACAUAUGCAUGAUGCUUAUAUUCGCCCAAGCAUGCCAAUGAGGCCUGGGUUUUAUCCUGGACCAGUGCCUUAUGAAAACUAUUAUGGUCCUCCAAUGGGAUACUGCAAUUCCGGUGAACGAGAUGUUCCAUUUAUGGGAAUGGCAAUGGGGCCUUCUGCUUUUAACAGGUAUCCUGGUCAAAAUGUUCCUGAUCCUGGCAAUUCCCAUGGCAGAACUGGUGGAUAUGGUCCAAGCAGUAAGGCACUGGUUUUGGAACAAGUGGAAGUGCUUCACACUCAAGAUACUCGAGGACCAUACAAAGUUCUUAUGAAGCAACAUGAUUCUUGGGAGGGAAAAGAUGAAGAGAAGAAGUGGGAUGACACAAUAAAAACCAAUGCGCCAUAUCCUCUGAAGGGGGAGGAUCCAAGAAAGUCAUUGCGGGAAAAUAACUUGAGAGCAGAUAGCAAGAAGGAUGAUGAGUCAGAUGCAAGAAGGAUGACACUCGGUGAAGAAGCUUCUUCUGUGGUUAUUGACAAUCGGGUAGUUCCUGUUGGAAAAGUGAAGUCACCUGAAAUUGGGGGAAGGAAUUUAAGUGCAUCUGAUGACAGUUCAGUUAAAAAGUUAGAGCUCGUAACUUCUACUUCUGCAGAAGCCUUAGCUGCUCCAAAAGAUUCCACUCUAAUUCAGAAAAUAGAAGGUUUAAAUGCAAAAGCUAGGGCUUCUGAUGGACGGCAAGAUGCUAAAUCUGUCUUUGGUAGGGAAGAGCAGAAGAAUAAAUUGCAAGUUGGUAGCCAUUCUACAAAUGAAACUGAUAUUGUCUCUUUAUCACAUGAGAAGACCAACCCUAGUGGAAUUGUGUAUAGUGUACCACUUGAAGAUCACUUUUCAGCUGGAGACAAGAGCCUUGGAUCAACAGUAUUGACUGGAUCAACCGCUAUCUCCAGGAGAUCAACGCAUGGCACACAUGUUAGAGCUGAUCAUCGUGGAAAAGGAAGAUUUAAUACCCCAGAGGCUGAUGGGUGGCGGAAAAAAUCUCAAGUCGUAGAUCCACAUAGUGCCGUGUCAAGUGGACAUUAUGAAAUAUCUUCUGUUCAUGGGCAAGACCAUAAAUCUGCAGAGGACACUCAGAAUUCUGUGCCACAUCCUUCAGGCAAGGAUGAUGCAGAGUCCAUACUACCUGUCUCUGAUCCAAGUGACAGCCAGCGUGCUAAAAUGAGAGAGCUAGCUAAGCGACUUAAACAGCGAGAAAAGGAAGAGGAAGAACGAACAAGAGAGCAGAGAGCCAAGGCUCUUGCAAAACUUGAGGAGUUGAACAGGCGUACACAAGCUGGGGAUGGUGCAACUCAGAAGUUUGAAAGUGUUCCUACCGGCACUAUCCAGAACAGGCUAGAAGAAUCCUUGGAUCUUCCCCAACAAACUAUGGUUACAAGCAAAUCUGGAGUACCAAAUUCGUUGUCAGGCUUCAACCAAAAUACAGUUGCACAGAGUAGGGAGAAGCUGGAAGCUAUUCCUAGUGGUGCUAUGCAGAAUAGGCGUGAAGAAUCCAUGUCUGCAGGGCCACCAACUGUGGUUGCUAGCAAAUCUGGAGCAUUAAGCUCAGUUUUGGGUUCCAGCCCAAGUAUGGUUGCACAGAGUAGGGAAAGUAGUGUGAAUGGAUUUGAAAAAUUCAGCAGUAUGGCUAGCAAUGUACCUGCGGAAACACCAAAGAUUGCGUGCAACGAGACUGUUGUGGUUCAUGAGCAAUCAAAACCAUUCCAACAGGAUGUUAAUAAUGCUAUUGCUGUACAGCGCAGCAGUACUCCACGGGUGCAUGAUAGUAGUGUUUCCAAGCAGAAGCGUAUGAACUACAGACAAAAGCAAAAUAGUUCCUUGGAAAAGAAUUCCAAUGAGAAGUUGGCGGCUUCAUCUGCAGCUGAGGCUUCAAAAAGUCAUACCGAUAUGGCAUCUGAUGCUACUAUAUCUCCUGAGCAUGUUGCUGAUGAGAUUGCUUCAAACUCUGAGUCAAAUUUGCCUUCCGAUCCAAGUGUAACUGUUGACUCUUCAGUGCAUCAUAGAAGGAAGAACAGGAAUGGGAAGAACAAGUAUAAAGAUGAGCUGUCUGCUGCAGAAACUUUACCAUCAGUGAUACCAAAUGAUACAACUACUUUAGACACCUCAGUUGAAAGCGUCAAGCCAAAGAGUUCUGAAUCUAUGUCAGAUCGUAGUUCAGUUCGGUCUCCAACUGAACUAAAUGCUGCAAAUCAGUCCUCAGAGCUGCGCUCUUCAUUGGCAAAUGAAGAAACCCACAUCAGAGUAAAUAAUCAGUGGAGAUCUCAGCAUUCUCGCAGGAUAAUGAGAAAUACACAAAGUAAUAAAUCUUUUGAGAAAAGCCAAAGUGGCGAUGCUGUUGUUUGGGCACCUGUUCGUUCACAAAAUAAAACUGAUGUUUCUGAUGAAGCCAGUCAGAAUACUUCUGUUGAGGCUGUGGUUUCCUCCUCAAAGAGCGAUCAGCAGGUGCAGAAUAAUCCUAGAAACAAGAGAGCAGAAAUGGAGAGAUAUAUUCCAAAGCCUGUCGCCAAAGAACUGUCUCAGCAAGUUAACAGUCAUCAGGUAGUUGUUUCCCUAAGCAAUCAGAUUACCUCAGAUGUGACUGCUGAAAGGCCAGAGACUGGUUCUCUGAAUGCUGAAAUUUCCCAGACCUCAGGCACAGCUUCUGUGAAGGUAAGUUCUUCCAUGGAGGCCAGGACUGGGGAUGUUAGGCAGAGCAGGUCAGGAAAAGUGCAUGGAUCAUGGCGCCAAAGGGGUGCAGCUGAGUCAAAUACAAAUAUGAGUAGGAGUUAUCAAAAAUCAAUUGAGGAUCAUCAACAACAGAAACCUGAUUUAAGUUCCGUGAAAGAACAAUCAAGGCAUUCUAGCGAGUGGGAUGCUUCUGAUGGUUGGAACGUGCCUGAAAAUACUGAUGCAGUAACUGCUGUUCCUGUUUUAAAAGAUCAGGGUGUGACUGCCAGAGGGAAGCGCCAACCACAUAAGAGUCACAAAGGCACAGGGCACAAUCACAAUAGUGAUGAGAAGAAAACUAGUAUUGGGGAUGCUGAAAAGCUACACAUUCAAUCUGCAGCCUCUGAGGUGCAUCAAACAGACUCACCUGCAUCUUCAAAAGAAACCCAUGCUGUUGGGGAACGAUCAACAUCUCAUUGGCAGCCUAAAUCACAGCCAAUAUCAGCCACCAAUCAGCGAGGAAGCCGGCCCAAUAGCAGUGGAAAUUUAGGCCCUGAAACUGGAAGGCCUAAGAAGGAGUCUGCUCCUCAGUGUGCGGAGCCUCUUUUACCUCAACCUGGUAAGGACGCUGCUGCAACAAGGCCUCAGUCUUACCAUGAUGAAACUCUGUCUGAAAAGUGCAAAGUGGGAGAAGUUCAGGCUGAUGGGUAUCAAGAUCUUAAGAGGGAAAGAAAGUUGGCUGCACAAAGAGGACGUCCUGGUAGCCCCUCUGAAUCACAGUCUCCCUCCAACAUGGAUGUUCGACAUGACCAACGCAUAUCUUCAGGAUUCCGCAAAAAUGGGAAUCAUAAUAGCCGUUUUGGUAGAGAGAAUGAUUCUCGUGGAGAUUGGAGUGGAUCUGGGAAAGAUAACAAGCAGCAUAACAACGCCCCUGCAAUGCGGGAAAGACAGAGACACAAUUCACAUUAUGAGUACCAGCCAGUUGGGCCCCACAACAAUAACAAAGUGGGCAACUUUGAACCUCCAAAAGAUGGUUCUCAUAAUCCGGGUUCAAGGUAUAGAGAAAGGGGCCAGAGCCACUCAAGGCGUGGUGGGGGAAAUGUUUGUGGAUGACAAACUGGUAGUGUUCAAGUAGAUGCUGGUUAUGACUAAGGUGAAACCCAGAGAUGGUAUUUUUGCAAUGCCAACGCCAGCCUCCUUAGAUGUGGCUCGAUCCCCCACUUAUUCAGGGCUUGGAGCGGAGAGACGGUGUCAGGGCUAAAAAAAGAAAUAUUGAGAUGAUGGGGAGUUACUAGAUAUGGUUGAUUUCUUUUCAUAUUUUUCUUUUAAAUGUAUCUUAUCUGAAAAGGUUUAAUUUGGUUACAGUAUAUUUGCUGUAGAACCCUUGAUAUGUUUGGAGCAGGGUGUAUUUAGUGAUCUGUUGUUCCUAUGCUCUCAAGUAUGGAACACCGGAAAGAAUGAAGUAGAGGAGCUUUUCUUGUUCUCCCACUUAACGUUUGCCUUGCUGUCAAUUUUCUUGUGAUAUUUCAGUCUCUAAUUGUUAACCGUGGCUAGGAGCCUGCUGAUUAACCCUUUUUUUUCUCUCAGAUUUUGCCUCUUUUCUUA